AUGGCACCUUCUUCUUCGACGACCUCUUCGGCCGUCCAUUCCCUCACCAGCGCCAGCACGCUGGAUUCACCAACAGAGUCGUCGGCGCGGAGGGCGCUGCGGGACAGUGUCUUUGAGAGUGCGACAUGGCGGGAACCUGACGCCGAGACGCCUGAGGAACUGCAGCGAAAAGAUCCCCUCGGCACGCAGAUCUGGAAGCUGUAUUCCAAGACCAGGAACACGCUGCCCAACUCGGAGCGCAUGGAGAACCUGACCUGGCGAAUGAUGUCGAUGAACCUGAGGCGCGCCCAGCACCAGAGCCGCCUAGCCCACGCAUACCAGCAGCGUGCCAAUGCUCCCAGCGGCAUUGCACAGUUAAGACAGUCAGCCGAGGCCCAGUCGCAGUCACAGUCGCACUCGCACUUCCCCAUCCCCACCAACGAUCACAUGAAUCUGGACGACUUUAUUGUCCCCUCGUCCAUUGCCUCCCCCAUCAGCCAGCCCUCGCCGCCCGCCUCGUUCGACCCCUCGACGACCACCGUCGACCCCAAGGCCACCCCGACCGGCAUUCCUAUUCGCCGUCAUCAGCAGCUGCAGGACGAGGCCCAGGACGACUUUGUCGUGCGUGCCUCGGCCCCGUCGGUAGCUCCCACAGCCAUCAACAAGACGACGGAUGAGUUCGGCUACAUCCAACGCCAUGUGCGCAAGACUAGCAUUGACGAACGCAGGCCACCCAAGCGACGUGCCGAUUGCUCACCCCAAGUUCCCCCCGUCACCACUGGCAUGCACAACGAUGCUCUCCUCAACAACUAUUCGCUCGACUCGACCGCCUUCAACCCAGACAUGACCCAAUCUCAAGUGCCUUUUGGCCUUGACACUUUCGCUUUCGACACGGGUGCCAGCUCGAUCCACAACGAUCCCUUGCUAACAUCGGCCGGCCCUUUCCAGGCCAACUUCAACUUCUCGCCUGUUGGCUCGCCCAUGAUGAACAACGGCCCCUAUGCCAACAUGUUCAACCAGUCCGUCAUGUCCAACAACUACUGCUCGCCGCCCCAGUCGUCCUACCAGUCUCGUGUCUCGACUCCUCAGCCCAUCCCCGAGCACGAGCCUGUCUUCUUCAACACUUCGAGCAGUGUUGAUCUCAGGCACCAUGCUCACAUGAGCAGCUAUACCAGCCAGCAGCCCACCCCUGUCGCCAGCAUGCAGCCCCAGUACAUCUUCAGUCCCAACAACGACAACAUGUUCAGUCAGAUCUCGGCUCCCGAUUCAUCCACUUCCUUUACCCAGCCCUCGUCCUUCUCUAUGUCGGGCCAUGUUGACCCGACCGAGGUCUUGUCGACAGCCAUGUCUUUGCCGCGAGGCGACAACAUGUUCACCUUCGGUGCUGAUUCGGAUAAUGAAGACGAUGAAACCAAUAUUGCCGACCGCAACAACUUCAUGAUGCAGACCGACUUCUCGCCUAUGGAAGACCCUUCGAUGGGCGAGUACAAAUGGGAGAGCGGUCUUGCUUCGGGCCAGUAUAACUCGCUACCAGCUCGCUACGCUGGACCUCCGGCUCGCAAGGGCGUCACGAUUGGCCAUACCGAGAUGAUUCCCUCGCCGCAAGAUUGGAGUGUGGGUAGUUUGGGACGUACGCAUGGCUCGGCCGCCUCUGUCAGCGAGAUUCGCAACCGCGGCAACGACCCCCGUCUCAAGAAGAUUCCUCGCACCAGCUCGACUCCAAACGCGGCUGCAAUGGCCGCCCAGCAUGGCAUUUUCUCUGCCCGACCGCAAUCUUCACCCUCGUCGCCGCCCGAGUCAUCGACAGGCUUCAGCUCCGUUGCACCUUCUCGCCUGGGAAGCCCAAAACCUGGUGACAACAACGGCUUGCCUACAACAUGCACAAACUGCUUCACUCAGACCACUCCCUUGUGGCGCCGCAACCCUGAAGGACAUCCGCUGUGUAACGCAUGUGGCUUGUUCCUUAAGCUCCACGGUGUCGUACGUCCGCUGAGUCUCAAGACAGAUGUCAUCAAGAAGCGUAACCGCGGCGGAGCGGGCUCUGCAACCAUUGGGCCCUCCUCAAGUCGUUCGAAGAAGGUCGCUAGCAGGAAGAACUCGGUCGCUCAAACUCCCGCGACUACUCCCAAACCCAUACACGAUGCCGAUUCUCCCAACACUGCUGGUGGUUCCUCUUCUACAGCCAACACUCCUAUUACUCUGACCAAUCCUGUUAUUGCGCCCAAGACUACUGUAGUGCCUAUUGCUCCUGGUCCACCAAAGCCGCAGUUGCCAGCCACAGGACCUGCUCCUACACGCAUGGUUGCACCGAAACGCCAGCGCAAACAGAGCAAGGUUGGUAGCUCUCCCCAAGAAAUCGAGAUGGGCGAGGCGGACGAUAUCCACACUGCCAACAAACCGAAGGAACUCGCCCAGGCACCUCCGCCUGCCUUCAUGUCUACUCAACAGCCAAACAUGACCAUGAACAAUGGUCCUUCUGGAUCUUUGGCCAGCACUCCUUCUGGCAUGCCCGCCGGUCCCCAAGAAUGGGAAUGGCUCACCAUGAGUCUGUAA